UUGUUAUUAAGACAGAAUCUAUUCCUUAAUUUAUUUUUUGGUACUAAGGGACAUAGUGUGUUUUUUAUAGAAUUUUCACAUUUUAAUAAGGCUAAGAUUUAUCUUCUGUCUGGGAUAAUUAUAAAUCCACAGCUGACUCUCCCCUGGUGAAGCUGGCAUAUUAUCCCAAUUGUGAUAUACAUCAGCCUGUUAGUAAAGGGAGAAAAUCCAACAACACAACUCUGCUCAUUAGUGGAAUUGAAUAUAAAAGUAAGCCUUUUCUGGUAAAUUUUCAGAGUUUAAAACUUCCACAUUUCUUAUCACUUUUUUUAACAAAAAAAAUCUUCAUGACUGGUCACAUAUUAUGGGUUGUUUUUUUUUUAAACCUGGUUCUACUCAGCUUGGCUAAUGGAAAUAAUUGGAAUUCUACCAUAUAAUAAUUUAAGGAAAUUUUCCCCACUUUACUGAUCUAAAAAUACCUGUACUAUUUUACCACUAAAAUAAAUUUAUCUCAAGAUACUAGUGACUGUACCUCAUGAGAAUGCAUUUAUAUUUAUUCAGACCGUAUUUUACUAGUUUACAAAUAAUUAUUACUUUAAAAACUUGUUGUACUCAUUUGUGUUAAAAUCCCAUAAGAAUCACAAACCUCCUUUUUAUUAAACAUUUUUAACAGAACUAUUAUGUAACUUAAUCAUCUUCAGGUUAUGUAAUAUAUGCUGAAGCCUGAAAUGGUAGUAAUUUUCAAACUAGGUUUUUUUUUCUGCUGUUGCACAUACAUAAUUCCCAAUAACACUAUCCACUGAGGCAGAACAUCUUUUAGAAUCUAAUUGGUAGUACCCUUAGGAAAGACAUAUGAUGAUACUUCAUUCUGGAAUUUACCUUUCCAAAUUUGUGUCUUAGACAAAAGCACCAACACCAGUUAAUUACAAAUGGUCAUUUGAAAGUGAUAUUUUAAUAUGUAGUGAUGAGAACUUAACGGUUGGGAGAAUACCUGUUCUCAGUGCACUGACCUCAGUGCACAUAGAGGAUUGUCAGACCUUCUGAUAAAACGUGAACUAAAUCUUCUUUCAAUUUUUAAAGAAGUACAUCAGACAUUUUGGUAAUAGAAUAAUAUAGACUCUGCUACCAUCAUCACCACCCAUGAUCAAGAUCAUUUAGGAUUCAGAAUAUUAAGAGUAGAAGCAACUGUGCAUAACAGCCUGUGUUCAACAUCUGUCAUGCUGAAGUCUAUUAAUGUUCAAUUGCAUCCUAUUGUUUUCAGAUUAUUCAACCUCAUUUCAUUGUCAUUGCUUCUUCUAGGGAUUAAUCAACUGUUUACAACUAUGUGGGGUUUUGGAGUCAUAACAGAAACAAUUGAUCUGUAGUUUUAGGCAAAUGUACUGUAUUCCGUCCCUAAUGAAAACUUUACUAAUCUACAAAUGCUUGGUACCAAUUUCAUUAAGCUUGAAAUCAAAUAUAGAUAAUAAAUCAUAGCGUGACAAGUUUUAGUCUUUCUGUGAAUUUCAUAAGGAAGUCAUAAAAUCGUAUACAUUUUCUUGUAAAUCUGUGGAUAUACCAAAGCAAUAAAACCAACCACCCCUCCAAAAAAGCAGUAUCAACAUUCAGUGUUUUUUUUAUGCUCUGCCAUUAUUAGCUGCAGAAGUUUAUCUUUCAGCAGUCACAGUCAAAUUAUUUUUAAUGUGUUAAUUUUAACUUGUUUUCAGCUCUUCUUUUAUUCCUGUAACUUUUUGAAGACUUUUGUAAAAUGUGGUAAACUUUGUUUCCUAUGCCAUAAAUUAUAUGUAUAUAGUGGAUCUGUACAUGUGUACUGCAUGCAUUAGUGGCAAAAUUAUGGGGUAAUUAUGUGCAUAUAAAUGUUUUUGUAAUUGUAUGUAUUUAUAUCACAAUCUCUUCAGAUAUUUUCAAUUAAUUUGCAUUAAGUCCACAAUUUUCUCUUGCAUAUUAUUAAAUUAUCUUAAAGCUUAAAUAUAGACAAGCAAUUCACUUUAAUUGAAAUUAAAUAUAUUACGUGUGUCUAGUAUCACCUAAAAUAUUGCACUCCCUAGAGAAUGUUCAUCAUAUUUUUAUUGUUGUUGUUAUAACAAUAAAUUGAGUCCUAGACCUUUUCUGACAUUACCAGUCUACUUGAGAUUUAUACUAUCCAAAGUUGUAUUAUUAUGUAUUUCUACAUAGCCUUAAUUCUCUCUCUAAUAUCCUUGUAAAAUUACUUCCCCUACCCCUAACAGUUUUUAACAAGCAUUUUCUUUUGCCUCAAUGUGUGAACUGCUAUGUUUUGAGAGAUUUUUGCUGAGCUCCAAAAAUUAUUCACUGAAAAGACCUUUUGCUUAACUGUUGUGAUUCUUGUGGGGCCAGCCAGACACUACUCCAGAUGGCACGUUGUUAGGGCUGGACAGACGUGGCUUUGGAAGACUUUUCAACAGAUGAAGGCUGUAAUGUCAGGGUUUUGCUGGGUUUUUUUCCGUGUAGUUCCCAGGGUGUGAAGGUACUGGGAUGGAAGCAGAGGGCCGCCCGCCCACCUGCUACCACCUGUUCAGCUCUGGCUGCUGCUUCUAUAAAGCCUCUUCUUGCCUGUAAAAUAUGAUCAUUGCCUACCGGCAGUAAUCAAAGAAGGAACACUCUUUCCUUCUCUUGCAGAUUUACUUCUUCAGGUGCAACAGUUUAUCACUAUAAAAUAUCAGGUCCUAAAAUGAGCUGGGGUUUCUCCUGCUGGUUAAAGCAGACAUCCUGUUGGAAUAGAUGUGUUUUUAAUCGGUUAAAUCUUUUUUGAUUAAAUGGACUGUCUUGAAUUUUUCAGAAUGGAGAUCUCAUCAGUUCAUUUUUCUUUGCCAAAUUUAAAGAAAUGAAAAGAACAUCAGAGCAAUCUCAAACUGCAGUUGCUUGCUUUCUUGUUUCUGCACCAAAUGAGAGUUUAUUGUAAAAUUCAUCUAGAAAACUGUUACUUUCUUUUUUGAGAUCAUGAAAAUAAACUCUCACUGACUUCUGGAAACAGAAGGUACAAAGCCUGCAUUCUGAGUGAUUUCUCCAGCAGUUUCCAGCUAUCACAUUUUUUUUUCUCUCAGUAUUUAAAGCUGCCUCAAAUAUGAAGAGCUGUAAAUCAAAUAAUGUGGAUUCUGGUUUGGAGUCAGAUAUGCAGUGCAAAAGUAGAACAGGCUGUAUAAUGAAAUGUGGUUCUGAAAGGAUGGAGAGUGCUGCCAAGAGGAGGCUGGCUGCUAAUGCCAGGGAAAGAAGAAGAAUGCAAGGACUGAACACAGCCUUUGAUCGAUUGAGAAAAGUGGUUCCACAAUGGGGUCAAGAUAAGAAACUCUCCAAAUACGAGACCCUUCAGAUGGCAUUAAGUUACAUUAUGGCUCUAACUAGAAUCCUUGCUGAAGCAGAGAGAUACAGCACUGAAAGAGACUGGAUUAACCUUCACUGUGAGCAUUUUCAUCAGGAGAGCUACCACACUUACAUGGGACAGAAAAUGCCAACAGACAGUGACCCUUAUGCACAAAGAAUCUUCAGCUAUCAGCCUGAACAUUUUCAAAUAGCUAAUUAGAGUUAAUUAUGAAUAUUCAGCAGGCCAAAUGAGUAAUUUUGCAAAAGUUAGUGAGAAUUAAUCUGCUUGAAUAAGGUAACCUUGUCACUAUAAUGGUUAUAUUUGCUUGUUUGCUUCUUGUACUGAUGUUACUUAUGUAAGUUUGGUUAGAAAACUUUAAUAUGCACCUAAGAAGAUCAAGUUUGCUUCUCUUAUACUAAUGAAAUGCUUUUAACAAGUUUGUUUUACCCACUGCAUUUGUGAUGAUUCUCCAUAGUUCAUUUAGUUCAAAAGAUGCAUAAUUUUUACUGUGCUGGAUUACAUGGGCCAAAUGAAUAUGAUAUUACUAAAUGGAAUAACAUGAGAUGAACUUGGUCCCCCAUAUAUAUAUAUAUAUAUAUAUAAUAUUUUUGUCAGCUUUGAGGAUACAAUUUUGUUUCCAAAACUAACAGAUCCUAUGAAAAGAUAACUGAUGUGUAUUGGAGUUUUAGUCCUCAGAGAAAUAACUUUCUUAAACUUUGUAAGUUUGUCAUAUGGGUUCCAGAUAAAGUUGUGUAGGUUUGCUUUAAUACAACUUACAGUGUCUCGUGUAUGCUCGGAACAGAGCUAAUUUCAAGAAGUGUACUAAUGUUCUUACUGUGAGCUGGCUGUUAGAGCAGAUCUGUUUAUAUGCUGUAGAGGCAAAUACUUGCAUGAAAAUAGAGAUUUAAAUUUUGUAGCUUAUACUGACAUGAAAGUUCUGUAUCUCUCUUUU